AUGGAGCAAUCUAUCGGCAAUGUGGUCACACUGACGGACGGUCGGCAGGCCACCGUUCGCUUCACUGGGACGACGCAUUUCUCUCCGGGCGACUGGAUCGGAAUCGAAUUGGACGAACCCACCGGGAAGAACGAUGGCUCUAUUCAAGGGGAGCAGUAUUUCGAGUGCGAGCCGGGUUAUGGCAUGUUUGUUCGGAAGACCGCGAUUAAGGCGACCGUCGCCCAACAGCCCGCCAAACCGGCGGCGAAGGGGAGCACCAACGUUCCACCAGCCAGCAGAGGUCGCGCCCAGAGCGGCGUUGCUGCAGCUGGCACGGGGAUCAAGAAAGUGGGCGCUACACCGGCUGCGAAUACCAAACGACACAGCGCGAGCUCUGCUAGUCCGACUCCCGCAUCCAAAGUUGCAGCCCAGCGACUGUCUUUGAAGCCCCCUGCGAAAUCUCCGACUAAACAGAUGUCCGGCGCCUCCACCCCCCUUUCACAUCGUUCCUCUAUCAGUGGUACAUCUCGGCCAACCGUGGCACCUCCCAAGUUGCGCCCAGGAGCCGGCAAGUCCUCUAUGGGUCCUCCACCUCCUCCUUCAGCAGCGACUCGAACCUCCCGUUCGUCGAUAUCUGGACCGGCAACCAGAACUACACGACAGAAUGCUUUGGACUCCGCAUCAACGCCCACCGGGGCAGCCAAGCGUCCAGUUUUGCGACCAGCGGCUCCCAAUAAAACAUCAGAGGAACCAGAUAGCGGAGCAAGCCCAAAUUCGGAGGCGUUUGAGUCUGGAUCUCAGCAGGACCCCGAUGAAGACUCUCCGCAGAUUGAAGAGCCGGCCCCGAAGGCGUUCAAGCCGACCACAGGUCCCGCAAGAGCAAGCACUGGUCGCCAGAGCCUCUCGUCUCCUUCGUCAUCUCAGCGCCAAGGCCAGAAUGGCGCCGUGGGCAGGGAGCUCGAGGAACUGAAGACGAAGUUGCGGGUGAUGGAAAAGAAGCGGACGGAGGACCGGGAGAAACUCAAGUCGUUGGAGAAGCUGCAGUCGGACAGGGACAAAUACGAAUCCAUCAUCCAGAAACUGCAAGCAAAAUACCAACCGCAGCAGGCUGAAAUUGGUGACCUGCGGAAGAAACUGAAGGAGACGGAGGCAAGAUUAGAGGAGGUCGAGAAACUCGAGGCAGAACAUGAGUCCAUCAUGGAGAUGGUAACGCUGGACCGCGAAAUGGCGGAGGAAACGUCCGAUGCCUUUAAGCAUGAAUGCGAGGCGCUGAGAACCAAAUUGGAAGAGCUUGAACUGGAAGUGGAAGUUCUGCGCGAAGAGAACGAGGAGUUUGGCCAAGUCAUGAGCCCCGAGGAGAAAUCUAGCCAUGGCUGGUUACAAAUGGAGAAAACCAAUGAGCGCCUUCGCGAAGCUCUCCUGCGUCUUCGUGACAUGACUCAGCAGCAAGAACAAGAGCUGAGAGAGCAAGUCAAGGAGAUGGAACAGGACCUGGAGGAUUACGCAGCCGUCAAAGCCCAGUAUGAAUCCACAAAAGAAAAGCUUCUUUUGUCUGAGAAUAAUGUCGAAGACCUGAAGCAACAACUGGAUUCAGCUCUUGGUGCCGAAGAAAUGAUCGAAGAGCUUGCGGACAAGAACAUGCGUUAUCAAGAGGAGAUAAACGAGCUCCACGCAGCCAUUGAGGACCUGGAGGCCCUGAAGGAAAUCAACGAUGAGCUUGAAUAUAACCACAUCGAGACGGAAAAGCAGCUACAAGAGGAGAUUGACUAUAGGGAAGGCCUGUUCAAUGAACAGUGCCGGAAGAUCACCCAGCAAGACGAAGUUAUCGAUGACCUGGAAUAUACCCUCGUCCGCUUCCGCGAGCUGGUCUCGACGCUGCAGGGAGACUUGGAAGAUAUGCGAGCGUCGCAACAAAUCUCGGAAGCCGAGGCUACCGAUCUUACUACGCGUUCGCGAGCCAUGAUGGACCUGAACUUGAAACUUCAGGCGUCGGUCACUAAGACGCAGACCAAAACGAUCGACAUUGAAAUUGGUCAUAUGGAGGCCGAUGAAGCUAGUCAGCACUUGUCUAUCUUGAAGCUGUAUCUCCCCGAAUACUUCGAGGGAGAGCGAAACUCUAUUCUCGCGCUCUUGAGGUUCAAACGUGUUGGAUUCAAGUCGUCCUUGAUGAACAGUACCAUUCGUGAAAAGCUUUCGGAGGCAUCUAUACCUGCAGGGCUUGAAGAAACCUUCACGGCAUACGACGUUCUCGAGAAACUCUCGUGGAUUGCGUCUUUGUGCGUUCGUUUCGUUGCCUAUAUAAGCACUUGCUCUACAGAUGCUUUCGAAAACAUGAAAGCUACAUUGUUUGAAAUGGAGCCUGUCGAACGCACGUUGAAUUUUUGGCUCGAGUUCCUCAAAAAGGACGAAGUAAAUAUGAAGAAAUGUGGCAUGGAGCUACAAAGAUCUAUUGCUCUGAUAUCCCACCUUGCCGAAACGUACCUUCCCAGCUCUUUGGAGGUUUUCGCCGGUGAACUAUGCAUGCGCUCGUCUUUGACACAGUCUUACAUUGACCACGCUGCCUCUUCUGUAUCGCGACUCAGAGCACUGCUAAUAUCCAAAAUUUCAGCACCCGAGGGCGACGAGGAGAUCAAUUUUCUUUCCAACAAGAUGGAGGGAUUUGUUAGCCAUGCUCGCGGGUUGAAAGUUGCCAUGGGCAAAGUCAAUCGCUCCCUCGAGGACUUGCGGUCCAGAUCGCUUUCACUUUCCCAAGACGUCUCCGGGCCGUUUAAGAAAACCGAGGAGGCUGCCAAAGAGCUUGCCGAGUUGACCAGACACCUUGGAGAGAAUAUAGUGCUUCUGUUGAGUGACGACAGCCGGACGGAGCCGCUUUCCCUGGAAGAGGCAUCGAGAAACAUGUCCCAGAUCUCGACCCUUUACGCUGGGCCCUCGGAAUCCGGAAGCGAAAGCAGCGAUACCAUGUCUUUCAUCUUUAACCGGCUACGGAGCCUUGGGGGUAAUUUAGAGGAACUCGAAUCCAUCUCGUCGGAUCUCUCCAUCACUUCAGAGUUUGAGAGACACCCAUCCCCCUGGAUUGCGCGGGCCGCAGAACUCAAGUCAAGCAAGACCUCCUCUCCCGACGCGGACGAAGAGAUCCGUCGCCUGAAGAACGAGAUCAACGAGGCGUCAACGGCCCUCGGCGUCAAAGACAAGACUAUCGAGGAACAAAGCAUCAAGGUGGAAACGGUCGAGGCGCGGAUGCGCGAUGCCACCAAGAAAGCGUCCAUGGUGAAAGAACUCGAAGCCAAGAUCGAGGAAAUGCGAACCAAAGAAACCGAACUCGAGGCCUUUGUCGACCAGCAACGCAAAGAACUCCAAGACAUGGAAACCGAGCGCGAGGAGCUCAAGACCCGCCUGGACCGAGUCAAAAGAGCCUCUGGCACAACCGGCGUCGCCACCACAGAUGGAGUCGUCGUCGACGCCGGCGUCUCGCUCGCCACGAUGCGCGAGAACGAGGCCCUCCGCGCCGAAGUCGAGAGCCUACAAGCCGCCGUCCGCUACCUGCGCGAAGAAAACCGCCGCGCCAACAUCCUCGACCCCUUCUCCGUGCAACGAUCCGCCGAACUCCACUCCUGGCUCGACGUGCCUCUCACGCAGCAGCAGUCCACGUCCUCAUCUCUAUCAACCGCCGCCCCGACCAACCCACUCGAAAAAGCCCACCAAACCGCCUCCGAAAGCCGCGAUGUCUUCACCCACCUCCUCAAACUCACCACCGAAUCCAACAUCUGCGACCUCAAAUCCACCCUCCCAUCCACCGACCCGACCACACGAACGGGCUGGCGUCCCUCUAAAACCAAACUCCGGUACCAGGUCCUCCAGCAGCGCGAGAACCUCGAACACUGGACCGAAUGGAAAGACGACAUCGUCUCCCAGGAGCGCGAACAGGACCGCCUAGCAGCCACGCGGAAGGAACGCCUCGCGCAGGCUCGGAAACUCGGUGGCGGGCGUGGUCACGCGCCGCGCAACUCGGUGUUUGGUGGCUUUCCGCAGGGCACAGGACAUGGGAUGAUGGGUCGUGCAUGGGAGAUCCUGGGGAUGCAGCAAGAUCGGAAGACGGGGGAUGGUGGAAGACCUGUGGAGCCGGUCAUCGCGCCUUCGUUUUAA